UGAAACUGUUAGCUUAAGUCUGCAGUCACAUCGUUUCAAACCAAUUUCAAAAUAUGUCUGCGGUAGCGACAUUAUCAGCCAACGCCGGCUCAACGUCAGGCUCACGAUCACGUCCCCAAGCUCGCAAGAAACCAAAUGACGAUGCAGCCUACUUUGGAGUUGCAGGGGCUAAGAGACAGGCGGCCGACAGGGCAGAGGGAGAGCCACGCGUCAAAAGAAAGAGAGUAGAACACGGCACGACAGUCAGCAGAAGGGUGGAUAAGUCUGCGGAUAAUGACUUAAAGAGCGCAAUUGACUUCAGAAACAUGCCAACUGCAGGGCUUUAUCGUUACCUCUCUCAUUUCAAUCUCAUUCCACCCGUAUACCCAUCACCCUUGACCGCAGCAGAUCCACCAUCUCCCGAUUCUCUCCUAGACCCUGUACGACAGAAUCCGCGAGGCCUUAGUCCAUUCACGAUCUCUACUUCUGGCAACAGGCCAAGGAGAGAUACGAAAGAUCCAAGCCGCCGACGAAGCUCUCGCUUGCUCGAGGAAAGCGAGAGCCGCACGCCCAUCUUGGCGGAUAUCGCUGAGAUCCAAGCAAUCUUUGCUGCCAUUGCAGAGAGACAUUUCCAGGACCAUGCGGUCAGUGAAAUAGACACGCUCGCAUGUUUCAUGGUAAAAACGUCUAAUAAGUAUGAGUAGAACGCGUCUACUGUAUAGUGAUUAUUUUUACUGUGUUUAAUGUUAAUAUACCCCUCAGCACAAAUGCCUCGUACCAGGGAACGGUUUUUUUUUUUUGCGAAACUGCCCACCAGAUUCAGGUACCGAUGACUCUUACGUGGCUGUCAAUUUUUUUUGUAUGUAUG